AUGACUAAAUCAGACGAAGAGCAACAAGCGCUCAAUGACCAGACUGAGGCUUUGUACCUCUCCCAAACAGACGAAGAGCAUGACGACUCUGGUGCCGAGGAUGGUGACGAAGACAAUGGCGCUGUAGAGUACCCUGGUACAGUUCUCCCAGAUCCACAUCCUGAAAGCAUUGAUAACGACGCUGACUUGGCGGCUGAUUAUCCUUCAGAUUCUGAAUACUUGGACUUGAUUCACCUUAAGAUUACCUGCUUGGAGGAUUUGAACUUGGCAAGGUUCAAGAAGUUGGAGUCCCUUUGCUUACGUCAGAACUUGAUCACUUCUACCAGUGCCGUUGCUGAUUUGCCUGCUGAAACUAUGGAAGAGUUGGAUUUCUACGAUAACAGAAUUAACCAUAUCAGUAGUAAGGUUAACCAGCUUGUGAAUCUUAAGAACUUGGAUUUUUCAUUCAACAAGAUCAAGAACAUCAAGAACAUUGAUAACCUCGUGGAACUCGAGAACCUUUAUUUUGUGCAAAACAAAAUCAAGGAGAUUAAAGGCAUUGAAACGUUGCAGAAGUUGCGUAACUUGGAAUUGGGUGGUAACAAGGUUGAGGAGAUCAAUGAGACACUUCUCAAAUUACCGUCAAUUGAGCAGCUCUGGUUGGGUAAGAACCGUAUUCCAAAGUUCCAGAACCUUGAAAAUCUCGUCAACUUGCGUGUCUUGUCUAUUCAGUCUAAUAGAAUCACCAAGUUCGAAGGACUCGAUAAGUUGGUUAACUUGGAGGAGCUCUAUGUCUCCCACAAUGGCAUUGAGAAGAUCGAGGGAUUGGAGAACAAUACGAAGUUGACUGUUUUGGACGUCACGGCGAACAGACUAGAAAAACUCGAGAACUUGUCCCACCUUAAGCAACUUACUGAUUUCUGGUGUUCAUACAACAAGAUCAGCUCAUUCGACGAUGUUCGUAAAGAGUUGGGCGGCUUGCCCGAACUUGAUACCGUUUACUUUGAAGGUAACCCAUUGCAAACCAGCAAUCCUACAGCAUACAGAAGAAAGCUCAGGCUCAACUUGGGCGAGAGCAUCACCAAGAUUGACGCCACCUACGUGAAGGGAUAG